AUGUCUCUGAACGAGGUCUGGGAGGCAGCCUCUGCAACCCCGUUCCACCCUCUUGUCUCGAAAGACAGUCAAUUCUCCGUCGGCUUCAACCUGCUCCUUAUUGCUGUCAUCUUCACUGGACUCUUUGGCUUGAACCGGUCAUUCCUGAGCCUCGCAUCUCUCGGCCUCCCAGCGUCAUUACUUUUCGGUUUCGGAGCCGUCUUCACUAUCUGCGCGGUCGGAGUCUAUGUUUAA